AUGGAUGCGGACAAGAAGCUGCCCAUCAGCGACGUUGGCGACGGCCAGUCGUGUGCUGAAGGCCAAAUCGACGUCCGGGACACUGCAUUCGCAGCUGGACGCAAGCCAGAGUCACUCGAAAACCUCGAGGAUCAUGAAAUCGCCAGUCUCAACAAGAAGCUCGUCCGCAAGAUCGACUUGCUCAUCUUGCCGCCCAUCGGUAUAUUGUAUAUUCUCAAUUACAUCGACCGUCAGAACCUCUCGGCGGCCAAGCUGCAAGGCAUCACCGAGGACCUCAACAUGACCACCGAGCAAUUUGCGACGGCAAUUUCAAUCCUCUUUGUCGGCUACCUACCUUUCCAAAUUCCGAGCAACCUCAUCAUCACAAAGAUCUCUCGACCGGGCAUGUACAUUUGUGUUGCCGUCAUCAUUUGGGGUGCUAUCUCGGCUGCUACGUCGGCGGUACACACUUAUGGACAAUUACUUGCUGUUCGGGCUAUUCUUGGAAUGGUCGAAGCGGUCUUCUUCCCUGGUGCAAUCUACUAUUUGUCUGCCUGGUACACAAAGAAAGAGCUUGGAAAGCGACUCGCAGGUCUCUACAUUGCACAGCAAGUCGGCAACGCUUUCGGUGGCCUUUUCGCCGCGGCUAUCCUCCAACUCGACGGAGCCCACGGUAUAGCAGGCUGGAAAUGGCUCUUUAUCAUCGAAGGCAGUGCUACAGUCGGCAUUGGUGCUAUCUGCGCCUGCAUCAUGCCCGAGUUCCCUCACAACAGCCGUGUGCUCUCGCAGACCCAGCGUGACCUUGCAGUAUGGCGGAUUGAGUCUGAGGCUGGAGCAGCCGAGGGCAACGAGGACGAGGGUACGAUGAGCGGAUUCGUAAAAGCCCUCUCUGACCCUAAGCUGCUGCUCCUUAUUUUCUGCAACCUGCUGUCUCAAGGACAGGGCUCUAUUGCGAAUUACUUUCCAACUCUCGUUGCUGCCCUCGGCUAUUCCGGAACCAUCAGCUUGCUCCUCACCGCGCCUCCUUACAUUCUCGCUGGCUUUGUCUACUACGGGAUCACGUUCUACUCCGACCGCAAGAAUACGGUGUACCCGAUAAUUAUCGCGUGCAUCACAAUUGCAACAGGCAUGUACAUCAUCCCAAUGGCUACCGAGAACGUUGGGGCGCGGUACUUCUCCAUGAUGAUCUUGCCAUUCGCAUCUGUGGGCCCUCAGAUUCUUCUGUACAAGACGAUGAAUCUUCACCUUGCAAGACCCGUCUCCAAGCGCGCGGCAGCUUCUGCCCUGAUCAACGCCAUUGGUGGCACAUCGAACAUCUGGACUUCAUACUUGUAUUAUGCGCCACCACAUUUUUACGCUGCUUUCGGUGCCCUCAUGGGUUGUGCCGUGUUAUUUGCAGUCACCAUUACCGUCUACCGAUGGCUGGUGCUUCGCGAGAACAGACGACUGGACUCGGGCGACCCGGCUGAGAUUGCCAAAGCUAUCAAGGGUGGUGUGACGCAGGAAAUGGUCUCUCUCGGUUGGCGAUACGAGAUGUAUUAA